AUGGAUAUAUACAACCAGCCGGUGGUCAUAGACAAUGGCUCAGGUAACAUCAAAGCAGGAUUUGCUGGGGAGGAUAAACCCAAGACGUAUGGGUCGUCUAUCAUCGGAAGAACGAAGUAUCAGAAGGUGAUGGCUGGCUCGUUGCUCUCCACAAGCACUACCAGUGGAAGCACUGAUACUUUCAUAGGGGAGUUGGCCCAAACAAACAGAGGUAUUCUAAAACUUUCGUAUCCCAUUGAACACGGGAUUGUCAAGAACUGGAGUGACAUGGAAAAGUUGUGGUACCACACGUACACUCAAGAUUUAAAGAUCAACUCCGAAGACCACCCGCUACUCAUUACAGAAGCACCGUUAAACCCCAAAACAAACCGAGAUAAAAUGUCACAAGUGCUAUUUGAACUGUUCAACGUGCCGUGUCUCUACAUCGCAAUCCAGGCGGUCUUGUCCUUGUAUUCUUCGGGAAGAACGACGGGAGUAGUAGUAGAUAGUGGAGAUGGAAUCAGUCAUAUUGUGCCCAUUUUUGAGGGUUUUUCUUUGCCUGCAUCGAUAAAGAGAUUGGAUAUUGCUGGAAGAGACAUCACCCACCAGUUAGCAUUGAACUUGAGGAGAAUGAGCGGGAUAUCCUUGCAAAGCAGCUCUGAAUUAGAGAUUGUACGUCUCAUCAAAGAAAAAUCAUGUUUUAUUUCGAAGGAUCCCAUAAGAGAUGAGAAGUUGUACUCCAACUACUACACUAAUGAUGAUAGUGGGUUGUACCUGACAUAUAAAUUACCAGAUGGGCAUCAAAUCAAACUAGGAAGCGAGAGAUUCAGAUCCACCGAAAUAUUAUUCAACCCACUUUUAAUCGGAGAUGAGUCGCCAGGACUCCAUGAGUUGACCAAUUUGGCUAUAUCUAAGACCGACUUAGAUUUGAGGCCAAUAUUGUACCAAAAUAUAAUUCUUUCGGGAGGCAAUACUCUAUUGAAGAAUUUCGGAGACAGAAUGCUCAACGAAUUGAAGAGCCAACAAUUGAUUAAUGACAGUCCCAGUGUUUGGUCAAACAAAAAUGAUAACUAUAGUACCAAAAUGAAAGUGAAGAUAUUUGCCCCUCCAGAGAGAAAGUACUCCACUUGGAUUGGUGGGAGUAUUUUGGCCGGGUUGAGCACAUUCAAGAAGAUGUGGAUAACGUCAGCGGAGUAUAUGGAGGACCCAGAGAUAGUUCACAGAAAGUACAUGUGA